AUGAUGGUCCACUGUGCCGGGUGCGAACGGCCAAUCUUGGACCGGUUCCUCCUCAACGUGCUGGACCGAGCCUGGCACGCUAAGUGCGUCCAGUGCUGUGACUGUAACUGCAACCUCACCGAGAAGUGCUUCUCCAGGGACGGAAAGCUCUAUUGCAAAACGGACUUUUUCAGGCGGUUUGGCACAAAGUGCGCCGGCUGUCUGCAGGGAAUCUCACCGAACGACUUGGUCCGCAAAGCGCGCAGCAAGGUGUUUCACCUGAACUGCUUCACCUGCAUGGUGUGUAACAAGCAGCUGUCCACGGGGGAGGAACUCUACGUGAUAGAUGAAAACAAGUUUGUGUGCAAAGAAGAUUAUCUGAGCUCAGGAGCCAUCAAGGAAGUCAACUUGAACUCAGUGUCGUCGUGUACAGAUAGGAGUUUAUCGCCGGAUCUGCAGGACCCAAUACAGGACGACAUAAAGGAGACGGACAAUUCAACGUCCUCAGAUAAGGAAACGAACAAUAUUGAGAAUGAGGAGCAGAACUCGGGCACCAAAAGGCGGGGGCCACGGACCACCAUCAAGGCCAAGCAGCUGGAAACGUUAAAGGCCGCGUUUGUUGCCACGCCGAAACCGACCCGGCAUAUCCGGGAGCAGCUGGCCCAGGAAACGGGACUAAACAUGCGCGUCAUCCAGGUUUGGUUCCAGAACAGAAGAUCCAAAGAGCGACGAAUGAAACAGCUGAGUGCUCUCGGGGCUCGGCGGCACGCUUUCUUCAGGGGUCCGAGGAGGAUGAGGCCCUUGGGAGGCAGGCUGGAGGAUCCGGACAUUUUGGGGCCUGCAGCGUACGGUUACUACGGAGAAUACCAAGGAGACUAUUACGGACCAGGGAGUAACUACGACUUCUUCCCCCACGGCCCUCCAUCCUCGCAGGCUCAGUCACCAGCCGAGUCCCCUUACAUCCUGGGUUCUGGGCCCGGAGCUAUGGAGGGAUCAGGCCACCACCCUUCAGACGACCAAAGGUUCACGGACAUGAUAUCCCACGCAGAAACCCCCAGUCCAGAGCCGGGCUUACCGAGCUCCAUGCAGCCGGUCCCGGGGGAAGCAUACGGGGGCGGACCCAGUCCCCCUUUCUCCUUGGCGAGUAACUCCAGCUACAGCGCUCCAAUGUCCCACCAAGGCCAGGAGAUGGGAGAAACCGCAGCCUGGUAA